UCUACCUUUAGUUUUUCCCAGGAUCUUGUCGAUUCAAGCGCGUCUCGAUGAAAACGCUUGCAUUUUAUCCAUCUUUUGCAACAUGGCUGCUGUGUUCAACGGUUCUGGUGACGUCACAGCUAAAUCCAGAUGCCGCUAGCACUCCAGCGGGAUCAGCAGGUUGCACCUCGACGGAAGGAGAAGAAGGCAAGAUUCUAGACUGUUCUUCCGCCACUGACGUCGCCCAAAUCAAGAACUUUGUCGAAAAACUGACCGACGAAAAUGACCUCGCCUUCGACAGGUUCAAAAUGGUCGAGAACGCUCACGUCGACCACCUUCCUGCCGGUGUUCUGGGGGAGCUUCGAGUCCGCAUCAUUGAAGUGGUGUCGUGUCCUUCGCUAGCAGAGGUUGACGGCGACUUCCUCGGGGCUUCGAACGACACGGUCUUCGUGAUAUUCCUCGGCUACAACGCCCUCACUCGAAUCCCCGCGUUGAAGGCGGAAGGACUCUUCGCUCUCGACCUGUUUGGGAAUCCUCUGGAGAAGGUCGCGAGGGAAGACUUUCAAGGGGUUGGGAAUUUGCAGAGUCUGAUCCUUCCCCCCGUGCCCGUCGAAAUCCUGGCCUUCCAUUCCCUAAAAUCCCUAAGGACCCUCACUGUGCCCUUCCUCGCGGCGUCCUUGGACACAGUGUCUCCAGGCAGCUUCUCCUUCGAUUCGAUGCAUCUCCAGGAAGUCUUUUUCCCGGGGAGUGACUUUCGGUACUUGCUUCCGGGAGUGUUUGAAGGUUUCAUCCCCGGCUCCAAACUGGUAAUGGAAAGUUACAACCUCACUUCCCCGUCUGUUCUCUUCAACCUACUUAGUCGGGGAGCACGCCUGGAAUUCACAGGCAGCAUCACCUGCGGAUGUCACCAAGCCUGGAUCCGCCUCUCUCCUCUCCUGAUCCAGACCUCCAUACGCUGCGUCACUGAAGGAGGCCCAACGCUCCUUCAGGACAUGGCUGAGAGCGAAUUCACUUCGUGUUAUGUGGAUUCGUUAUAAGCUUCGUUUUUAAGGAAGAUUUUAUGGACAGACUGUUGGAAUUGUGUUUUCUGGGCUUUUUUUUUUUUUCUUUUGAGUUGUGAAAUCUAAGUAAAUAUGAUGACGUAA